AUGUACGUCCCAUUGGAGCAAGCACAAAAUACUGCCACACUAGUCGCCCGGCAAUACUACGGCAACAACCGAUACCGCAACCGGCGGGUAAUGCCCAUCGGUGCCAUCAUCGGCUUGGUGAUCGGCCUUGUCGCCAUCUUCUUUUGCGUCUGCUUCGGCAUCCUCCGCCGACGACGUCGCCGAUCCGCUAUGGUCGCCGGCGGCGCCACGGCCCCGAGUCACAAGUGGGGAGGCGGCUGGCGGAAUAGCGUCAGCACCACCAACACCAACAAUGGGUACUACUACAGCAACAGCGGUUACCCGCAAUCGCAGCAGCCCCAGCAGCAGCAGCAGCAGCAGCAGCAUCAACAGCCGAUGAACCAGCAGAGCGAUUAUGAUGCUGCACAGUCCGUGCCUCCUCCUCCCUACGCGCCGGGUUCAAAACCACCGCCAGCACACACUGCCAACCAUCAUACCGGUGGUGAGAAUACCGAUUACUACUCGGGAACCACGCCAGAAGUCAGUGGUAUGCCGGCCCAGCAGGGUGGCAGGUGGUAA